GCAGUCGGCCAUCGCGCCAGCGCAGGCUGCGGCGGAGAGCGCGGCAGAGGGCCCAGCCACCGCGGGCGAGGGGGCGCCGGCGCUGCGAGCGCCACGCUGGCUAUUCUCGACGGCAGGAGCCCUCCAGGGAGGAGUGCGAGGGGGUCCCGAAGGGGGGCGAGGGGAAUCUUGGCGCUGGCAGAUAUUAAUUGAAGCUGGAAGAAAUUAUAAUGCGGUCUCAGGGCUACGAGGGAAAUGUUCUUGGCGUCUCAUUCGCCCAGAAAGGAAUCGAUCAUGGAGCUCGCGGCAGCGACGUAGCAGUGAGCGACAAGCGGCGCUCCAGAGCUCUCCCCCUCAGCGCAGCGGCGGCGGCAGCGCUCGGCAGCAGCGGAGCUCAGUAGUCGGGCCGCAGUGGCGCUGGGAAGGUGCAGAGGGCGCUGUGGCCAGGGCUGCCCCUCUUCGGCCCCCCUUCGUAUAACAGGCAAGCCCCGCGCGGGCCGGGCACAGUCGUGCCCCGAGGCUUCGUCGGGUGGAGUUGGGUCGGCAUCGUGUGCUCCUGCCAGCUUGGUGUGUUGCUUUUUUUUUUCUCUCGUGCGCCGCCGCGACAACUGUCUGCGCCCAUGGCGCCACCUCUGGACGGCCCGUGAUCUGCGUCGCCGCGGGACCGCUCCGGGGGACCCAUGAGUUCGUACCAGUUCGUCAACUCGCUCGCCUCCUGCUACGGCCAGCAACAGCGCGGCCAGGACUCGGACUAUUACACGCCGCAGGUGCAGCCGUACGCGGCGGCCGGCUGCUACAGCGGCCCGGCGUCGCCCGUGCAGCCCUACGGGGGCCCCUACAGCCAGCCCGCCGCGCACCUGCAGAACGGCGCCGAGCACCCGUUCGCCGGUUGCGCCCAGCGGCUGCCGGGGGGACACCCGAGUCCGCGCACGCCCACGCCGUCGGCCACGGCCGUGUCGAGCUGCAAGUACGCCGCGCCGGAGUCGACGGCCGCGUCCCCGCAGGACCUGAGCGCCUCCAGCACCCAGUCGCCGUCGAGCCCGGAGACCCGCGGGUCGUCGCCGUCCCCCGGGCAGCCUGCACAGGGCGCUGCCGGGGCAGCGGGCGGCCAGCCCAGCCCGCAGCCCCAGCAGCAGGCCGGAAGUCGGGCCGCGCCGUCGCAAACCACGCCGCCGUCGGGACAGUCCGCGCAGCAGCAGCAGAAGCCGGCCUACCCGACCACGCCGCCGCAGAUCUACCCGUGGAUGCGCAAAGUGCACGUCGGACAGAACGGCGUGAACGCCAUGGGCGAGACGAAGCGGCAGCGGACGUCGUACACGCGGUACCAGACCCUGGAGUUGGAGAAAGAGUUCCACUUCAACCGUUACCUGACGCGGCGGCGGCGGAUCGAGAUUGCGCACGCCUUGUGCCUCUCCGAGCGACAGAUCAAGAUCUGGUUCCAGAACCGGCGCAUGAAGUGGAAGAAGGAGCACAAGAUGGCCAACACCAUUCCACCCCAGAUCCCGCAGGUGAUCCCCGACCACCACCCGCACAUGCACAGCGAAACCAAGGCGUAGGCAGGCCAGCUGCUGCCAUUCUCAUAACAUCGUGGUUUGUUUGUCUCUUCCCAAUGCGACGACGUGCCCCACACAACCCCGGCCCCCUGAGCGGAGGAAAACCUACACUCGAUCGCGCUCGCUGACUCCUUUUACCCUUGUCCCUCCUAACACUCACUUCUCGCCGUAUUCUUUUUUUCUUCUUUUUUUUACUAUUUUAAAACGCACACCGUUUCCAGAGCCUACCUCGUGGCGUUACUUUUACGGAGGGUGUACAAGGAGUGGCAUCGAGACGAUUUGGUUGUUUGUGCGUGGUUGGUGCUUUUUUUUUUUUGCUUUUUUUUUCUCCGACAUUUAGAUUGCCGCUUGAGGUGUGUCGCCUUUGGCUAUUGGAGCUACGUUCAUUAUUUUUAGCGAAAAUGGAACCAGGGAUAGAGUUGAAGGCAGUAAUCACUAAUAAUGUAUAUUAGCCUACAAAAACUUUAAAAAACAAAAUUGGCGUUUUUUUUUUCGGUUUUGGGGGGGGGGGGGGGGGGGGAGAGAUUGUGAAGUCUUUUUGUAAUUCUGCCUUAUGAAAUUCCAGAGGGUUGUUCAUAUUAUAAGGCGUGAGACCGGUGAUCCGCGUUGAGAUGUUUAAUACGUGAAACAAUUUAUGUCGGCAUUUUCAGUCAUGGUUUAAAAAAGGCACUGUGCCCAAAAAUUUAUAAACCAAUAAUAUUAAAAAAAAAAAACAUCGCUCGGUUUUUACCAAAGAUUAAACUCUAAUGGCCAACGCGACCUCUCAAAAUCUUUUCAUCUUUUUUUUUUAACUUAUCAUACGUUGCCCUUUUUCUUAUUUCUCUCUUCUGGCACGUCGAGUUUCGAGAGAGCCCCAUCCCCCGAGUCCUCACUCCGCUCCCUCUCGGCUGCCAUGUGCGUACGAAGCUUCUUCUUUUUCACUUCUCUCUGAGUCAAAGAGGAAAAAAAAAUGAUGCACCAUCCUAACAAAGAAAUAUGUACAAGGAGCAGAACAACCGCCCGCCACCAUUUGGCCCUCGAACGAGGCCAGACGCGAACUCCUGCGAACACCAUCUGGCGAUGAUUCCCCAAAAGCUAACAAACCCGGUGGCAGUUUCGUAUCACGCAGUGUUACUAAGUUGUUAGAAACAUUUCAUUCAUGUCGACUCCAUUAAAGUACAGUGGGCGAAAUUGAAAUAUCGUUUGCUUGCGUCUAUACUCAUCGUUAAAGAUCAUUUAAUAUUUUUACCAAAUUAUCACCCAUUCCUUGUACCUUCUCUGCCAGAUGGGUUCGCUGUUGCAUUAUCUAUCCACGUACCAAACUGUCUCGAAUUGCCAAAAAAUAUAAUUAGAUAAAAUAAAAGCAAAUUGUUUGUAGCAACAAACAAGACAAAACAAAUCAAGCGACUCUCUUAAAAAGAAAAAAAAAAAGUACACCCCGGUACAAACACCCAGAAAAAAUGAAAUUGGGCCGAACAGAUCCUUGGGAAACAAACAAACCUGAGAAUGACAACGACUGUCUUCUCUACGUGCGUGGUAAUCGACAACCUGGGGUCGAACCGAGCUUAGACUAGAAUCCAGCGUAACAUUCGAUAUCAGAACUGAGAACGGAGAACUCCGCAACUCAAACUGUGAUCCAUCUGGAACUUCAACAAAGGAGGAACGAAACUACCUGGACAAAAGCAGGUAUUGCUAAAGCAAAGGAUUCUGUCAAGGAAUAGUUGACCCCGGGGAACGCGUGUUGCGAAAAACCAAACAAGCAGAAACGUUUACGAAGAAAUCCCAGCCAGCGGCUGGCCCCAAAUCCAUGGUUUGAACAAGAAGAAGACUCGGCACAGAACGACGCAAGCACGGGAUCCUCUUCCUCGCGCUAUACAGACGACCAACACUAAAACAAGGGAUGGUGCGAUACGAAAAAGAAGCGGCGAGCCUUCGCUGGGACACGCGUUCCAUGUGGACGUCGUCCGUCCAUCGGAGAAUCCCGGACAAGUGUUGAAGCGGGGAAGACGACGUCCCAGCAUUUCAAGAUACCAGUGGCACAAGAAAGAAAUACCGAAGGAAAAAAAAAGAACCACCAAUAGCAGACACCAAAUUACGUGUAUGACACCGCUAAAAAAAAAGAAAAUGAAGGAAAUAAGAGAAGGGAAUAUAUUUAUAUAUAAAUUAUGUAUCUGUAUAAAGUCGCGCACACAUUACACGGCGAAAAAAAAAAAACUCACACAUUGACACACACGCACAGGAAUGAGCCUAUAUAGAAACACAAGACACACGACAGCAGUGAUGAACGAUCUCGUGCGAGGUGUGAAGAGAGUCACGUUCACGCAGGAAGGCUUCGACGCGAGUGGUGCGCAGCGCUUGUCUUGCGGACGUUUCCGAUCUGUGUGGAAAAAAAAAAAAAAAAAAACUGUUUUCCGGCGACGAGCAAGCGCUGUGCGUCGCUGCGGGACUGUGUACAAGAAACGGCGUGUGUCUCGUCGCUGUGCUGUGUGCUAUCCGAAGCGAGGAAGAAGAAGGAAAAACAAGAAAAGGCAAGUGAUCCAAGAAGGAAGAGCAAAAGUCUGUCCCGUAUUUAUGUGUGCACAACGGAUUCUGGAAAGGGAAAGUGGGGUGGCGUUGUUCCAAGGGGAGAAAGCUUACGUACGAUAUGCAUAAAAAAGACCGAGAAAGUCAAACUCGGCGAGACGCGAGACAUAGUACGAGACGAUUGUGCAAGACGUGUUCUAGAUUGUGAUUUUUUUUUUUCGUGGCGCGUUAUAUUAUAUUGAUUCUUAUUGUACAUUAUUUUGGAUGUUUAUAAUUAAGAAAAGACGUUACAAGAUGCUAAUUUUAGUUUGUAUACAUGCCUGCAUUUUUUUUUUUUCUCCCUUUUUUGACCUGCUCAAAACGUUUACGUGUACCUUUAUGUGUCCGUUGGAGUUUUUGAGUUCUCAGGUUCUAACACUGGUGAAUGUUGACAAGGUUUUCGAUUGUGUACCAUAGACAUCAUUACCAUUAUGUUAUUAUUCGUCCCAUUCUUGUUUGUUUUUUUUCGUGCAGUUUUUCGAGUGUCUCGUGAAACGUUCGGUGAGCCCUGUGUGUAUUGAACUUGAGGUUGUGAAUCUCUUUUGUAGAUACGGGUUCAUUUUGUUUUCGCUCGGUGUCCUUAUUUCAUGGUGUUUUGUUUUUGAAUGAUGCUUUCGGUUCAGUUGCUUUCAAAGAGCGAACUGUCUGCUUCAUCAAGUCAUAUGAAGAAGGAAAACUCAUACAAACCCAUACGUUGGUUUCGAAAGGCAAGCAAGAGACAACCGCGGCGCCAUAGAAUCCUAAACGUAGAUCUCGACAGUGUUCACUCAUUUUGUUCACCUUGCUUCUGCCUUGAGAAGGUUCGAGGGAUUUGGAAAGCCUCGUUUGUAGUGUUUCUUGUUGUGUGCAUAAAACAUGCCGCGACGUGUGAUUGGACGGACCUCUUUUCUACGCUGGCGAUUGAUGGGGCAUCUUCACGAUCAGAAAUAACUUUCUUUUUUUUCCAGAAAUACUUUUUUUUUAAAUAAAUUGUUCUAAAAUAAGGGCACCAAAGUUACGUCAAGAGGAGAAACGUUUACAAAAGGAACAGAGAGCCAAAAUCUGGCAUAUUGUUGUUCUCAGAAAUAUAUUAUUCUCCGCAACCUAUUCCUUAAGGUCACUUAUGAACGUUCAUGGCCACUUUUUGCUGGUCUUUAACGAAAUAAACUAGUUUAUGCGGCCUAUCCAAAGUCCCAAGCAGUAGAAGAGCCUGUCUUUGCGCUCGCUCGCCACUACGGCGGAAAGCUAUUGUCGGAAGCUCCCGAAGCCCCUCCUUCGCCGCGGGGGGGCGGUGCCGGGCGUACUCAUCCAACCAAUCACACGCCGCGUUUCCCGUUUCACUAGUGUUUUUGUCUGUACAGGAUGCCUGUUCCCAUCCUAUAGCCUCUCAAUCGAAUUAUCCCGAGAAGGAAACGUGAAGUCACUUUACAAACAGAUGUUAUUUAUCUAGUGUUUUUAAUCCACCCUUAUUUUCUUGGGCGGCCUGAGACGAUACUAUUGUCGAAGGUGGGGAGGGGGGCGUUGCCCGCUGCGCAAACUGAACUCUCCCGAUGACUAUUUCCUUCAAAAGGAAGCGGAUAAAACAUCAUCCACUAAAUAUAAGGCCGGUGCCAGUUGCUUGUGGUGUGACGAUUCAGAAGGGAUUUUAAUGAGCUAUUCGCGUCUACCCCGAAGGUGCCAUUGAUCCUAAUGGCAAUGAAGAGUCAGGGAAGCGUUCAGGGUGCACAGCGUGCGACGCUCGAGUGUGGCUCAGGCUGCAGUUCGUGUUGCUGUGAGCUGGAGAAGUGUAGAAAGCGCGCCGCUCCUUUGCGAGGUGCUGCGGCAGGCCAGUGGCAAUGCGUGGUUCGGUAGCUGUGUAUACCAUCCCUUUAAAAGAGCAGAAGUUGGAUCGGAAACGGCGGUCAAGCCUCCGGACCACAAGCAGUGUACAUGUGUGUAGAGAGAGAAAGAAAAGCGUAGUUUGGCAGAGAGUGCAGCCGACGAAGGAUGCGAUUCUCAUUAUUUUUAGACUCUUCGGUCGGAGAGGAAAGAAGGCUUAGCGUCCGUUGUCGUGUGUAUAACCGCGAGUGGUGCCCUCCGGCGCCUUUGUCCGAAAGUAACCGACAGAAACCACAGUAGCGAGACGUAGAGAGAUUGAGAGAGUGAGCGAGAGAAAGAGGUACAGUGCGAGAGAGCGAGAGAGAGAGACUCGGCCUUUUCAGACUUCUCUGUAAAUAUUUGAUACCCACCAUCCGGAUUACAGCCGCUGCUAUAAAUACGCAUAUACAUAGAUGUACGACAUCAACGCACGCAAACAAAAAAACACGCGGGCGCGCGCAAUCACGCGUUAGCGUCACGACAUCGACACCGCAUCCUGAACCGUCGCAUUCCAUCGUUCACGCUGGCUGUCUACUUGACGGCGACCCCACCUUGCUUUCGCGAUCCCCUUCUCCUUUCGUAGAGCAGAGCCGGGGAAUUCGAAUCAAAUGACGCGCAGUUCGAUAAAUCGCAUGAAGAAACAACGAGGGCAUGGUGAUGGGAAGGCAGCGCACCUCUUCGGCGUAUUCGGGAGAAUCGGGAAGUAGAUACCGCACGAUUCUUUCCGGACUCGCCUGGGUACAUGAUCAAACGUACAGUCACAGAAUCUGCUAAAGUUACUAAAGAUCAUUAGAAGCAC